AUGGCCAUGGGGACCAAUAGUGAGUGGCGCAUGGCCGGAAUGGAGGUGCCGCUGCUCAGCAUUGAUUCCGUCGAGUGGCGUCAACUCUCCGUCCCUUCGUCUUCUUUAGCAUCCUCAGCGAACACUUCUAACGAGUCAGUUGCUAAAGACUAUGCUUCUUGCUGCGUUAUCGGAGAUCCCCCUUCUUAUUUCAUCUGGAAAAUCAGCGCUAGUCAGACAAAUGUACUGGAGAUUCUAGAACUUUGUAGUCAUAAGAAAAUAUUUGGAACUGGACUUCGGCUCAUUUUCGCUGAUGCUUUACAUCCAUUUGCUUUUAUAUGCAAAGAUGAGAGCAAGGUUGCUUCUGGAAAUAAUUUGAUGCUAUAUACUUUGACGGUCUCAGGGGUCGCUUACCUCAUCCAUUUAAGGAACAAUUUUGACUACGGAACUUCUUCUGUUGUCCCUAUUGACGAGAUUCUGGAGUGUAACACACAAGUUUCACCUCAAUGUGGAGCAAUUACUGCUGUUAAUGCAACAUCAGGGUGUUUGUUGAUUGGAAGGCAUGAUGGAUCAAUUGGUUGUCUCCAGAUGGGCAUACUUGACUGCAGCCAUCCAGGCUUUGCGUUUGAUUUGCGAGAUGAUCCUGGGUUUAGUCGAUUGUGGGGAAUGUUGUCAAGGAGCCCAAAUCUGGCCGCUGUACAAGAUUUGGUGAUAUCAGAGGUGCACCAGAGAAAGCUUCUGUUUGUGCUUCAUUCUGAUGGGAACUUUCGAGUUUGGGACCUUUUAGGUCGUUGUAAAAUUUUCGGUCAUGCAAUUACCAUCGAAACAUUGGCAGGAAAGUAUUCUAAUCGUGCAUUUUUUAGGGUUUGGGUAGGAGAAGCUAGCAAUGAUACCGGAAUAAUUCCAAUUGCAAUGCUACAUAAACAGAAUUCGGAAGUUGGCACAGAAACAAUCUUUCUAUACGACCUUCAUUGCCAUGCGGGAGACCGGAUUGUGUUGUCUCUGGAGCCAUCACAGAAAAAAAUAUUCAUAGGGGAGGGUGGAUGUAUUGAUGUCAAGUUCACAUUGAGCAAUGUGUGGAUUCUCAAGGAAGAGGUGCUCAUUAUGAAGGACUUGUUUGGUAAUAACACCAUGGAGGAAUCCACAAAUUACUAUACUCUGCAAGAAUCAUUUAUUGCUGAUACGCUAUUUCAGAGUUCUGAGCAUUCUUCAGAUGAUCUUCUUUGCCUUGCGUAUUCGGUAUUUUCGGCUUCGAAGGGGGAAGUUGCCCCAUUUGUAUCUUCUGUGUUUUUGCGUGCAUUGCUUACUCCUGGGGUUCACUGCAAUGCUGUUCUGAGACGAACUUUAGGAGAGUAUAACAAGCACUUCACAGAAUCAGAGUUUAGUUCCUUAACUCUUGAUGGUCUGAAAAGUGAAGUUUUGUCACUGAUCGAGCAUCAGGGUGGAUCAAUUCUUCAACGUUGGAAGUCAUUUUGCUCUCGAUAUGUGGAUAAUUGGUGUAAAUACAAUACAGUAUGUGGUCUGCUAGUAGAUCCAUUAACAAGUGCUAUUGGUUUAGUCAGGAACAACACAAUCUCUCUCUGCCGCGGCAUGGAGGAAGUGGAACAUAUUAUCUAUGGUUCUUUCGAGGAACAACACAGGUAUAUGAGCCCUGGAUUGCUUUACUCAGGUGAUGAGCUUAGUAGGAAGAUCCUAUAUGAGUUACUACAAUGUCUUGAAAGUGUGAGCAAGCAGUUAGGAAAAGCUUCAUCAGCUAUAUUUUAUGAGUCACUUCUUAACACACCUCAUAUAUCAUCAGAUGAAGUUGUUUCUCGAUUUCUUAAGAUAUUGGAAAGUGCAUAUAGUUAUACAACUGAAGCUAAGCUAUCAUCAGAACUUGGAUUGGAUACUAAUUGGAGAAAAGAAUUGUCGAGUAACAGAAACUUAAGAAAAUUCUCGACAAAUAUGUUUUUGUCCUUUCAAGAAAUGUGCAAUAAAGCCAACUCUUGGGGCAAAAUUCUGGAUGUGAUUGAGAGCUACUUAAAGGUUUUAGUGCCUCAGAAAGUUGUGCUCAAAUCGAAUGCUGAAGCGAUAUUCCAUAUUAAUGGUUAUGGGAUUGUGCAGUCGACUUUCCAAAUUGCCAAAGUGAUGUUUGAAUCUGUGUUGGGUGUUCUUAUGCUGCUAAGCUAUAUGACUAGCAUCAGCGGACAGAUUAACAUGUCACAUUCUGAUGUCUCAAGAGUCAAACUCGAGUUAAUUCCAAUGAUUCAAGAAACUUUAAUAGAAUGGCAUAUUAUUCGCUUCUUUGGGACCACACCAUCCGAAUCUCCUGCAAUUGAAGAUUUCAGUUAUCGGCUUUCAUCCUUACAUAUUGAUAGCAAUGGAGAUAAAAGAUUGUGGAGUGAGAGGCUUGGAAAAUCUGACUUUUCUUUGGCACAUAUCUUAUUACUGAGCAUGCAAAGUUCCUCAGACAUGGAGAACCUCUCUCUCAGUCGUCUUCCUAAUCCCAGCAGCUUAAUUAAUUUAAGUAGGGAGUUCACCAGCUGGAUUAUUUGGGGGAGAAGUGGAGAAGAAUCUUCUGCAUUCUUCAGCAAUUUCGUUGAUCUUGCAAUAGCCUUACUUAGACAUGGCCAAUAUAAUGGCGCUGAGUAUUUGCUUAUGUUGGUGGUUGCAUAUUCACACAAGGAAAAGACAUUUGAAAGCCUUCAUGCUGUGGAUGGAAAAUUUUCUUUACUUCUCCAUCUUCUUGGAUGUUGUCUUGUUGCUCAGACACAACAUGGAUUGAGUAAAACAACUAAAGGAAGUAAAGUUGCGGAAGCGCUUCGCUGCUUUUUCAGGACCGCAUCAAGUGAAGUAUCUUUAAAAGCUUUGCAAAAUUUGCCUCAUGAAGCCGGAUGGCUGCGAAUUGAUUUCAGUAGUUCUCCUUCAAGUGCAGCAUGGAAGCUUCAUUAUUAUCAAUGGGUGAUGCAGCUAUUUGAACAGUAUGGUUUGAGUGAAGCUGCUUGUCAAUGUGCUCUAGCUGCUCUUGAACAAGUUGAUGAAGCUCUCGACACCAUAGGUAGCAGCUCCAGCGAGGGUCUUGGAGAAUCAGUGACCACUGUGAAGGGCAGACUCUGGGCUAACGUGUUUAAAUUCACUUUGGAUCUUAAUAAUUACCAUGACGCAUACUGUGCCAUAAUUUCAAAUCCAGAUGAGGAAAGCAAGACAAUAUGUUUGAGGCGUUUUAUCAUAGUUCUUUUUGAGCGUGGUGCUGUAAAGAUAAUUUGUGAUGGCCAGUUACCGCUGAUUGGUUUAGUGGAAAAAGUAGAGCAAGAGCUUGUUUGGAAGGCAGAGCGUUCUGAUAUCUCCACCAAGCCAAACCCUUUCAAAUUAUUAUAUGCCUUUGAGAUGCACAGACACAACUGGCGUAGAGCGGCAACUUAUAUGUACUUGUAUUCUUUCCGUUUGAGAGCUGACGCAGCUGUAAAAGAUCAUCAACCAAGGUCUUCGAAUCUGCCGGAGAGGCUGAAUGGACUAUCUGCUGCGAUUAAUGCUUUGCAGCUUGUUCAUCCUUCAUAUGCGUGGAUUGAAGUUCCAGUUGAUGAAACUUCCCUUGAUAAAAGACAACAUCCUAAUAAGAGGGCUAGGAUGACCAUACAAGAGCAAAGCCCUCCUGAUGAUUCAUUGGCUCAGAAUCUUACAUCUUAUUUAGAUGUUGAGAAACUUGAGAAGGAGUUCGUUUUAACAUCAGCAGAAUAUAUGCUCUCUUUGGCUAACAUCAAGUGGAGCUUUACUGGUAAUUAUGAAAAACCCCCAGCCAACCUUAUUGAUCUGUUGGUUGAAUCAAAUUCUUAUGAUAUGGCUUUUACGGUGAUCCUCAAGUUUUGGAAGGGUUCUGCUCUCAAAAGAGAACUUGAAAGAGUCUUUAUUACCAUGGCACUAAAAUGCUGCCCAGGCAAAGUAGGCCCCUCGUUGCAAGGGAAUGAUAGUAAAAUGCAUGGUCUUUUGUUGACUUCAUCACAAGAGUUCUCUUAUGAUUCACUUGAUGUAGCUGCAACAUCACAGCUUGUGGGAAGUGGCCACUGGGAAACACUUGAACUCUAUCUUGAUAAAUACAGGUCAUUUCAUCCUAGAUUACCAUUACUUGUUGCUGGGACUCUUCUUUCUGCCGAUUCUCAAAUUGAAUUGCCACUUUGGUUGGUUAGACACUUUAAGGGAGAUCGUAGUGAAAAUAGCUUUGGAAUGUGCGGGAAUGAGUCAAAUCCAGCGUCCCUAUUCCGCCUAUAUGUUGAUUAUGGCCGAUACACAGAGGCUAUUAAUUUAUUGAUUGAGCACACCGAAAGCUUGGCAUCAGUUCGACCGGCUGAUGUCAUCCGUCGUAAAAGGCCAUUUGCAGUUUGGUUUCCAUAUACUUCGAUCGAGCGCCUGUGGUGCCUACUCGGGGAAUCAAUAAAAUUGGGCCACAGGGUUGACCAAAGCGAGAAGCUGAAAAAGUUAUUGCAUGGGGUUUUCUUGAGGCAUCUUAAUCUUUUGAAAGUGGACUCUGAUGACGUCCAAUCCGGCAAGCUAGUGUUUCAAUGA